AGCUGAUGAGCGCGUACUCAGUGUGUGGAAAAAAACUGCUUUGCUUGCUGUUUUUGGGGGAGUAAACAAAAAAUGUAAGAAUAUAACAAUGCAAUGUGGAUGUGGGACUUGUGUUUGCUGAUAAGAACAAACAGCGGUAGCGGGGAGUGAGUGAGCGAGCGAGCGAGAGUAUUGUAUUUCUGUCAUCAUCGCCACAUCUGCUGUCGCGUCACAAUGAGCUUGACAAAAAAACGACUAAGAAUGGUUGCCGUUGCUUCUCUGACAGUUUUGGUGCUGAUUUAUUUAUACAAAGUUGUGUUGACCUCCACUGAGAUCUCGCCGAGCCGGAGCAGCAGCAGCCACUUGCUGAGUAAUGGUGUCGUCGAGGAACAACAUCAAUGGCCACCCACCGAAGAUGUGGAGCAACGAAAUUUGCGAAUUGCUUACGAGGCACAAAAUGCGCAAUUGCAUCAACAGCGCCAGGAACUGCUUCACACUAAGGAACAAUUGGCCCACUUGGAGGAACAAGUGCGCGCACUCCAGGCAGCGACGCCACGCAAAUAUCCGAAAGUGAAAUAUCUCAAUUAUAAGAAUCGCAAACGCAUCCUGAUCACUGGUGGCGCCGGCUUUGUGGGCUCCCAUCUGGUGGACGAUUUAAUGAUACAGGGUCAUGAGAUUAUUGUCGUGGACAACUUCUUUACGGGGCGCAAGCGCAACGUGGAACAUUGGCUGGGUCACGAGAACUUUGAACUCAUCCAUCAUGAUAUUGUCAAUCCACUUUUCAUUGAGAUCGAUGAGAUUUAUCAUUUGGCUUCCCCGGCAUCGCCACCACAUUAUAUGUACAAUCCCGUAAAGACGAUAAAAACGAACACGAUGGGAACCAUCAACGUGCUUGGCCUGGCGAAGCGGGUCAUGGCCAAAGUGUUAAUCGCAAGCACGUCAGAGGUUUAUGGUGAUCCCACAGUGCAUCCACAGCCCGAGACUUACUGGGGUCAUGUGAACCCAAUUGGACCACGUGCCUGCUAUGAUGAGGGCAAACGCGUCUCGGAAACGCUCAGUUAUGCGUACGCCAAGCAGGAAAAGGUUCAAGUGCGCGUGGCGCGCAUCUUUAACACCUACGGACCCAGGAUGCACAUGAACGAUGGUCGCGUGGUGUCCAACUUUAUACUUCAGGCGCUGCGCAAUGAGACAAUUACGGUUUAUGGGAAUGGCAAGCAGACUCGUUCGUUUCAAUAUGUUUCCGAUCUGGUCGAUGGACUGAUUGCACUGAUGGCUUCCAAUUAUACGCAGCCCGUGAAUCUGGGCAAUCCCGUGGAGCAAACAAUUGGUGAGUUUGCCAACAUCAUCAAGCAUCUGGUCGGUGGCCAGAGCGAGGUGAAACAAAUCAAGGCCAUGGAGGAUGAUCCGCAGCGUCGAAAGCCGGACAUAACGCGGGCCAAGAAACGGCUCAACUGGGAGCCAAAGGUGCCCCUGGAAACGGGUCUGCUGCAGACCAUCUCCUAUUUUCGCAAUGAGCUGGCGCGCAGCGAUCGCUUCCAGGAGAAUUCGCGCAAGUACUUUGAGUCACCGGAUCUGCAGCGAAGUCGGCCGUAACCAAAAACCAACCAGCAGUAGCAGCAGCAUAUCGGAACUUGUGUGUGCCUGUAAAAGCCAAUUAAUUGUGUGUAAUUGGAAACGUCUCUAGUCUGCAAAAUGUAAAUAUGACCAUCGAUAGAGCUAAACGAUUCUCCAUAAGCGUAGGUAUUAAGUGUUCCAAGGGUAGUCACGAUUAAUUCAUCAUCAGUUGCAGUUUGCGCCUCAUAUACGUAAUAUAAUUAGUGAAUUCGCUCUUGUUUCGUUUUCUUUUCAUUCGACAACGUGCAAUCGCAGAAUACCCUAUAAAAACUAGAUAUAGCAAAGUUACAGUCGAGUGUAACCGACUUUAAGUUACCCGCUACCCUUUUUAAGGCAUUAUUAGACAAUUGAAUGCGAUUAGAACAUAAUGAUUUUUGACUUAUAAAAUGAUUUCUAGAUCCGAUCUUAAAGAAACUAAAAAAACCAAUUAGAACUAUUAUCAACAUUGUAAUCUAUAUCUUUAACAUGUUGUAAACCAAAUUGUAAAAAGAGAAAAACCUAAGCUGAAAUAUUUUCAUACAACAUGAAGCUUCUCGCUCUGAUAAUCUUCGAGUCCGAGGUGUUCAUACAAACAGACAGAUAGACGAUCGUCACGGUUGAUUUAAAAUGUAGUUUUUAUACUAUUCUAUUUGGGUAGCGGGUAGAAGAACUACUACAAUAAUAAUUAAGUUCAAUUAUAUAUAAAACGUGUUAAUUGUCUGCCUUUUUGUAGUUGUAGCCGUAGUUGGUAGAGUUCAUUAAAUGGCUUUAAGUUUUUGUCAAUACAAUUGUUUAAUGUUUUUAAUGAAUUAAUCAAUUAAUUCGAUUGCAACUGCAAUUACGAUUGCAAAUGCUCACACACUCACAUUCUACACACGCUACAAACACGAAUGCUAUGUACACUUUAUGAGCUACAUCUUUUUUUUUUGAAUGCUUAAUGUUCUAGAUUAGUAACUAGGAUUUAUCUUAAACCGACUAUAUUUGCACCUUGACUUAUGAGCUACACUCUCUUCCGCAACUAUUAACUGCCUAAUUGUGGUGCUACCUGCUCCUGGUCUUCCUCCACGUAUUCCCUUCCAUCCGGUUGCCCUUUCACCUGGCCAGCGGCUCGAGCAUCUCGAGAAACAGUUUCUUCAUGUUGAUGAGUUCGUCGCGUGCAACGCCGCGCCAAAAGCGUCGUAAUAUGUCGUCUGCCUGCCGCAACGAGGGCAGCAACAGCAGCAGCUGCUGCUGAUGGGAGACGGCGGAGGAGUGGCGCAGCAAAUAGACGACAUCGUUGAGUGAAUUAAGUAUGGUGUCGCGGAAGGCGCGCAACGAACUUUGAUCGUCCAGCAGUAUAUCACAAUUGGACAACAGCAGCGCCUUCAGCAGAUAGUAUUCCUCGCGACGCGGCGAAAUGCGUUCCAUGCGCUGUGCGAUCUGCACACAAUGAUAGUAGAAUUCCGUGUAGCCGCAUUCCUUGGCCAGCAGCUCAUCCAUCCACACAUCGGUGGCAAAGCAUAGUUUGCCAUUGAAGGGCAGCGAACGAAACGUCAAUUGCAAAGUCAAGAUCUCGGCCCACGACACUUGCAACAACUUCAUUUGAUCGUUAAGCGGCAACUCAAUGAAGCCGGGUAUUUGCUUGGCCCAGCCAAUGACACUGACCAGCUCCUUGUCAUAGAGAUCGCUGAGCACGCUCAGUAUCUCGUGUGGAUCGUUGCCGUUGUUGUUGUUCUGGAAAAUGCAUGUGCCUGUUGUGGUGCCAUUCGAAGUGCUGUUGCUGCUGCUCUCCAGCUUGACGCUGCCCGACGAUGAGGAUGCUUCAUCCGUGCAGCUUGUGGUGUGCGGCUGCUGGGCUGGCUGCACGCUCAACGCAUCCGGCUCAUAGGAGUUGAGCACGUCCAGUAUCUUGACGUCGCACAGCGAUGUGGUGCUGGACUGAUACAGCAGCUGCAUGGUUUGAUACGAGUUGGACACGGGAUUGCGACGAUAUUUCUGUCUUCCACCACGUACACGAUCCAAACGCACGCCCUCCUAGAAAGUGAAGAUGGUUAAUAAACAGUAUAGUUCAACUAUUCAAGUACUUACCUUGAGCAUACCCAUGAGCAGGCACUUCUGGAAGCGACACGCCUGGCACGCCUUGCGCCGCCGCUUGUUGAUCUCGCACUCAUUAUUUGCCGGACAUGUGUACUCAAUGUUGCCCUGUAUGGUGCGCUUGAAGAACGCCUUGCACGCCUCACAGCUGGCGACGCCGUAAUGGAAUCCCGAGGCUACGUCGCCACACACCAGGCACAGACGACGCAGUUCAUCGCGCAUUGAAUUGGCAUUGGCAUUGCCGCUGCUCGAUUGAUUUGUGCCACCGCCGCCACUGGAGGCGCCUCCCUUGUUGCUGCUGUCGCCAUCGUUGCUGAGCGAAACGUUGUGCA